AUGAUAUUUUCAAGAUAUUUUAUUCCUAUUAUAUUCACAUUAUUAUCAUCACUGUCAAUUUUCGUUUAUGGUGAUCCUAAUAUGGAAGAAUUAGAAGGAACUUGGUCAUCAAAAUCUAACACCGUAUUUACUGGACCAGGAUUUUAUGAUCCAGUUGAAGAAUUAUUAAUUGAACCUGAUUUACCAGGAAUUUCUUAUUCAUUUACUAAAGAUGGUCAUUAUGAAGAAGCAUUAUAUCGAGUUAAACCUAAUCCUAAAAAUCAUUCAUGUGCAGUAGCAUCAGUUAGUUAUCAACAUGGUAAAUAUGAAUUAUUAUCUAAUGGAUCAAUAAUUUUAACUCCAAUUGCGGUUGAUGGUAGACAAUUAUUAAGUGAUCCUUGUAAUUCUGAUGAUCCUAAUAAAUCAACUUAUACAAGAUAUAUUCAACCUACUUGGUUUAAAACUUAUCAAGUUUUCGUUGAUCCUUAUCAUGGUAGAUGGACUUUACAAAUUUAUCAAUUUGAUGGAUCAAAAAUGCAACCAUUAUAUUUAGCUUAUAAACCACCAAUUAUGUUACCAACUACAGCUUUAAAUCCAACUGAUGAAAUUUCAGAAACAGCUCUGACUUUAAAUGGUAUAUCUCAUAAAAUUAAAAGAAAUAGAUUAAAAAUUAAACGAUCAUUGGAAAAUCAAUAUAGAACAAAUGCUAAAAGAGAAAUUUAUAAUGAACAAUUUGAUAAAUAUUGGUGGUCAUCAGUGAUUUGUUUAGCUUUAGCUUCAUCAUAUUUUUUUCUUAAAAGAUAA